UCCCCUCUACUUUCCCUCUGCUCCACUGCUACUUCUCUCCUAAGCAAGAAACGCAGAGGAUGCAUAUAUAUCCCCAGAGACUCCAUAACCAUUCCCAGAUAAUACGAGUACGUCACAUCCGAGAGCGGCAAAUACACGGGAUGGAUAGCAAAGACGACGGCCAAGUUCCCAAGCCUACCGAAGCUUUAUGGCAUGCCGCUGCCGGAGAGGAGCCGGAGCUGGUAGUCCAUUCGCAGCGUCCCGGGGAGCCCGACUGCUCCAACUAUCUCAAAUUCGGCAGGUGCAGGUACGGGUCCAAAUGCAUGUUCAACCACCCUCCCAAGCCUUGGGCAGGGCAAUGGCGCGCCGGCGAAAAGCAGGGGCAGCAGGUUGCAGAGUACCCGCGGCGGCCCGGGGAACCUGACCAUUACGCUGCCGGAGAGGAGCCGGAGCUGGUAGUCCAUUCGCAGCGUCCCGGGGAGCCCGACUGCUCGAACUAUCUCAAAUUCGGCAGGUGCAGGUACGGGUCCAAAUGCAUGUUCAACCACCCUCCCAAGCCUUGGGCAGGGCAAUGGCGCGCCGGCGAAAAGCAGGGGCAGCAGGUUGCAGAGUACCCGCGGCGGCCCGGGGAACCUGACUGCUCCCAUUACGUCAAGUUCGGGAGCUGCAAGUUCGAGAUGAACUGCCGGUUCAACCAUCCUUCCCGCAAGCAAGUGUAUUUUCCUGCAGGAGCAUGCAAGUGCAACCACCACGAAAUUGAGGAAGUGAGACUCAACUCCCUUGGCCUUCCACUUCGAACAGGGACAGGACUGUGUUCAUACUAUAUGCAAAAGGGAAUCUGCAAGUUCGGCUCUAACUGCAAGUUUCACCACCCAAAUCGUUCAGAAUCAGAGCAGGAGAAAUUGAAUGCGGAUUCUCAAGGGUCCUCUCAACAGAAUUUUUACUCUAUACUAGGAGAUAUUAUUAAACCUGACCCAGAUCUUUCCCUCCGGCAUGCACCGCCUCCCCUCGACCUCCCCGUUCCAUCAUAUCUACUACAACAAUCGUCCAAGGGGAAGGAGGACAAAAGCUUUUCCCCUACCCAACCUCGUCAAGUCUAUUCGUGUCCAGAACAGAGUGGGUAUCAACAGCUUGCAGAUUCGCAUUUUGAGCCUGCUAAGCAAGUCCGUUACACUAGGGAUCAACUUCUUCAGCAGCGCGAGAAGACUCAACAGCUUGUUGAUGUAUCUAAAGACAUAUUGGAACUCAAGCAAUGCAUUGUUAUGGAACUUCAUGGUGAAGAUUAUAGCUGGCCUAACAAUGACUCGAAUGUACAUACUCUAUCAUACCAUCAAUAUGAUUUGGCAGACAGGCGUGAACGCCAUCCACGAUCAACUGCACAAAUUCCUGAGGUUGCUAGUGAAGAGAAAUAUUGGGACAACAUUGAUGAAGAAAAAGGAUCGUACGGUACAAGCGGGAAGCAAGAGCAAUUCUGCAAGCAUGACCAAUUAGGCUGUUUUGAGUUUGACUCUAAACCUCAGGACAAGUGUAUCAAAAACAAACUUAACCACGAGAAGGUUCAGUUUCAGCAGAGGACAGGGUCUCAAUGCUACAUUGCAAAAACUUAUGUCGUGAAACAAGAUAAAUACAAAGAUACCGAGCCAACUGCAAUUGAUCUGUUCAAGGAGACGCAUUGUAGUAGCAAAAUUGGCUUUACUGAAUCUGUGAAGAAAGCAAUUGAUGAUAUGGAAGCAAUUGUUGCUGAACCAGAACACGAUGGACAGGAUGUCAAGUCUUCCACUGAUGCUAUUUCCGAAGUCUUGCCGCAGUCAAGUAAAUUCUUGCAAAAUGUAGGCAUUAUGUCAUCCUCCAAGUCAAGCACCAGAGUAGGUGUGUCUUCAAAGGUGCAAGAACUUGAAGCUCAGCUUGAGACGGCGAAGCAAGAAAAGGCCGAACUUUGGCAAGAGAUGGAUAGCUUGAAGUUGCAGGCACAAGAAUCUGAGUCAACCAUGGCUAAACAAUCACAUGAGGUUGAGAGGUUGAAGGAUAUCAUGAAGUCCCAAGGACAACAAUCUGAGGCAGCAAUGGCAAAGCAAUUAGAACAGAUUGAGAGUUUGAAAAAGACAGUUCAAUAUUGUAGUGGGUUCCUUCGUCAAAUGAUAACCAUUGCUGCCUCAAUCUGCUCAAAUGAUAACCAUUGCUGCCUCAAUCUGCUUCAGAGUAGGGAGGAAGACAGCAAUGUGACAGAUUGACGAACUAAAUCAUCACAACUCUUUUGCCACUUCAACUGCCACAUCACAUGCUAUGUCAGCUGUCAUGUCACAUGCCACAUCACUAGCCACGUCAUUUCAUUCUAUGACGAACCAAAUCGUCACAAAAUUCUUGGAACACCAUCUGCCACGUCACAUGCCAUGUCAUUUUGCCAUGUCAGCAGCCACUUGGCAACUCCAUAGACAAAUAGUUUGUGAUGUUUUUGGUUUGAUAUUAUGACAAUUUGGAUCGUCAUAGUUGUUUGUGACGAUGAUGUGUUUGUCACUGAGUUUAUGAUGUUUUUUAAGUGUUUCGUCACAGAAGGUGCUUAGACACGGACCUUCUGCAACGAUGCAUUUUUCAUCAUGAAGACGUCACAGAUUAUAAAAAGUGACAAAACAA